AUGGAAUCCGAGAAGCUCCCUUUUGAGUCCGGGAUAUUUCUCAAUUCCGGGUUCUUCCAUCGAACUGAGAAAGAAGUUGAGGUUUCGAAUGUUGCCCGGAAAGUUCUUGGAGCUUGGAAUAGCUAUGAAUCUGGUUUUAGAAUCAUUUUGCUGUGUUUCUUCGUGUUCACGCUGUCCGUUACCAUUGCACUGGUAGUGCAAAUACUAUACGGAAAAUCAGAGGUUGCCUUGAAUGGAGCCGUUGUUUCUGACGAGCGCAUUUGCACUGACGUCGGAAAAACAGCCUUAAUUCGUGGAGGAUCAGCUGUAGAUGCCGUCAUUUCGACGGUGUUCUGUUUGACAUUAAAGCGUCCACAGUCAGUUGGAUUUGGAGGGGGAGGAUUUAUGUUGAUCCAUAAGCAUGGACAUAGCGAAGAAUCCGCUGUGUUGAAUUUCCGUGAGGCUGCCCCAGCAGCUCUUGUUGCUGCUGAUCUUUCUAAAGCCGAAUUCGAUGAGGGAAAAGCUGGACUUCUUGUAGGAGUUCCGGGUUUGAUAGCGGGCCUUGAAGCUGCUCAUUCGCGUUAUGGAGUUCUUCCAUGGGCAGAUUUGAUCUCCCCGACGUCACAGUUAUUUGAAUUGGAGCAUGUCGGCCUGGGACCCAUCAAUUCUUCUCGCGGCUUCAAAUUUAUCUUGGAUGAAAUAUCUGCUAAUGGAGCUGGUGGAUUUUACAAUGGAACGAUUGGCAAAGAAAUCGUUGCUGCUGCGCAAGCACGAGGUGGUGUCAUCAAUGAAAACGAUGUCUCCUCGUAUGCAGCGAGUUGGGAGGAGCCCAUAAAGCUUUCCUUGGAUGAGAGUUUUCAUGUGAUAGCGCCAUCUUUCCCAUCUGCUGGCCCUGCGGCUUUGCACGCAUUGGGAUUGCUGCAGAGGAAAGGUAUUCGGAUUGGUUCUAUGAGUGAGCCCGGUGCCAUGCAACUCUCGGUACAUGCUUUAAAACUAAGCUUGGCUCGUUUUUAUCGAUUGGUUAACUUGGUUUUAGGAGACGCAGAUUUCAGUGGAAACGCUUCGGAUGCAGAUGGUGCUAUGAUGGAAGAGGGUACGUUGAACGCAGACUUAGCAAAUAUUCCGGAGGAUUUGCUAAAGCCCUUGAUUCAAGAGCCGGUACUUCCUGUUUCGCCGAAUCGAUAUGGUACACAUGUCGCUGCGGUAGACAACAAAGAUAUUUACGUCUCUUUCGUGAGUGAGUUGAGAGCAACAGGAGCAAACCGAAUAGUGCUUCCGAAUGCCGCCUUCGAGUUGAAUUCAGCGCUAAGAAGCUUUGAUAAAACUGCAGCAUUGUCUGCGAAUUCUAAAAGUGAUUUGAGAAAUAGUGCCGGGCCAGGAAAGCGUCCAGCUUCUCUGGCAACCCCUGUAAUUGUGUUGCCAUCCAAGCAGCUGUGUGGUGCUCGUUUAGUGACGGGAAGCCGUCAUGUUGGAUCUGUGUUACAAGUGCUGUUGAGAAAAAUGUUUCUCGGAGACAUAACUACGGAAUCUGUCGAGAAACCCAGGUGGUAUCUCGGGAAAUCCGUCGGUGCUUCCGGCAUAAUUAAAGAAAAUCAAGAUAUCAAUAAUCGCGGACUGGUUUUGUUGGGUCCGUACCCAUCUGUGAAUCUCAUCGUGAAAGUUAAUGACUCAAUAUCUGCUCAUUCCGACUCUCGGACGAGAUUAGAAAUUUCAGUGAAUAUUUCUGAGUUAUUGUGGAGUGAACACAGGGUGAUGGAGAUGGAAGCGGGGCAGUCGACUGCCAAAAUGUGGUGGAAAACCUUCAAGCGUUACCGGGUGUCAGUUUUUUUUCCCGCUGUUGCAAUGUACAUGAUUUACAGCGACUACUCGAAAACUCAGCGAUUCAAGCGAGAGAACCCGGAGGCUUUUAAGGAACUCAACAACAAAUCGAGUGUUGGCGGCGACUGGUUGUUCAAAAGAUGA